AUGACGGUGCGCACGCUAGGUCGGACGAUGUCUACUCUUGUUGUCAAAGAGACACCUUUGGCUCAACCGUGCGCAGAUGGAGUCGGAUCCGCCCAUCGCUUUUCGAAGGGGAAGAAGCAGACAGAGGCCAUCAGGCAAAUCCUCCCCCAUUGCGACGUAGCCACCUCAGGGCGUAGAGGUCCCGGAGGGCGUCUGCAUCCCAGCAAUCCCCGCCCCUCUGUGCCUCUGACCCCGUCUCUGACACCCCCUCCACAGGCGGCCCCCCGUGAACUGAGACCCAAGCGGAGGGCAACAAUCUUCCCAUCCUCAGCCCUGACAGGAGACACGGGAAGAUACAGGAAUAUGCAGCAACCUCAACUCAACAUUGCGACGUGCCACUGCCGCAGCCCUCUGCACUCUCCACUCGACGGUGCAUCCGGCGGCAAAGACUUGAGUUGUGUUGUUAGUAAAAGAUCAUCAUCAUCUGGAUUGAGCUCUGUGUCUUUGAAGAGUGAUCGAUCUAAACAUGAUCCACCAAACUUCAGUGAGAAAACACCAUCAGUUACCAAAAGAUUAACUUCAUCUGUACUCAAGAUUGACAAGUCAAAUGGCGUUGGUCCAAUCUUUAGUGAGAAAACACCAUUAGAUAUCAAAAGUAAAAGAUCAUCUUCAUCUGGAUUGAGCUGUGUGUCUUUGAAGAGUGAUCGAUCUAAAGAUGAUGGACCAAACUUCAGUGAGAAAACACCAUCAGUUACCAAAAGUGAACGAUGGCAGGAGACCUUAAUAAAUAUAGGUUCAGAAAUCACUCGAUGGAAAACACUUAAAGAACAAAGAGGAAUAAAGAGUGAUGAAGAACUGACAACAUUUCUGCUGGACAGGAUUCAGUGUGAGACAUCACCUGCAGAGCUCCAUACGUUUGAAGAUGAAAUUUCCCGAAUCUUUCAGGGUCUUGAAAACAAAAUAGCUGUAUUUUUUAAGAAUGAGCUGGAAAGGUUUAAGAAAAUAUUGAAAAAUGAAAACACACAAUACUAUGUGAAGGACUUUAAGGAGAACAAAAACAACAUCAGGGAAACAGCCCUUGAUGUCACAAUGCACUUUCUGAGAAGUAUGAAACAAGAUGAACUUGCUGAUACUCUGGAAGGUAAGAAGUUCUUGACAUCACUAUGUAAUAUUCUCACUUACACAAUGCAGAACAGAAAUGAGCUGAUCUACACAUGUCAACUAAAAUCAGAUCUGGAGAAGAAGUAUCAAUGUGUAUUUGAAGGAAUUGCAAAGCAGGGUGACUCCACACUUCUAAAUAAGAUCUACACGGAUCUGUAUAUCACUCAGGGUGGAGGUGAACAAGUCAAUACUGAACAUGAGAUAAGACAGAUAGAGGUUGCUUCCAGAAAUCUAGAAUCACCAGACAUACAGAUUAACUUCAAGGAUUUGUUUAAAGCACAUGAACAAACCCAGACCAUCAGAACUGUACUAACAAAAGGAGUUGCUGGCAUUGGAAAAUCAGUCUCAGUGCAAAAGUUUGUUCUGGACUGGGCUGAAGGAAAAGAAAACCAGGAUAUCAGCUUCAUAUUUCCUCUUCCAUUCCGAGAGAUGAACUUGAAGGAGAAAGCAGAAGUAAGUUUAAAGGAUCUUUUAUGUGAGUUUUUCCCAGAGAUUAAAAGACUGGACCUUACCAGAAAAAACAAAAAGGUUCUGUUCAUGCUUGAUGGUUUGGAUGAAUGUCGUCUUCCUCUGAAGUUUGAUGGUAAUGAGAUAUGGAGUGAUAUCACAUCACCUGCUCCUCUGGAUGUUCUCCUGACAAACCUCAUCAAAGGAAAUCUGCUUCCUCACGCUCACAUCUGGAUAACCACCAGACCAGCAGCAGCCGGUAAGAUUCCUCCUGAAUGUAUCGACCAAGUAACAGAGGUCCGAGGAUUCAAUGAUGCACAGAAGGAAGAAUACUUCAGAAAAAGAUUCACAGAUGAGAAUAUGGCCGACACAAUCAUUGAUCACGUUAAAAAAUCAAAGAGUCUCUUCAUCAUGUGUCACAUCCCAGUGUUCUGCUGGAUUUCAGCCACUGUGCUCCAGAACAUUCUGGAGAAGAAGAGCAAAGAUCAGACUGAUGACACACAGGAGUCAAACAUUUAUGAUACUCCUAGAACUCUGACACAAAUGUACACACACUUCUUUCGCUUUCAGAUUCAACAGAGCAGAAGAAAGUAUGAUGGAGAAUACUCGCCUGAUAUCUCCUGGGACAUGGACUCAAUCUAUUCACUGGGGAAACUGGCUUUUGAACAACUAGAGAAAAGUAACUUGAUCUUCUAUGAGUCCGAUCUGGAGGAGUGUGGCAUUGACGUCACUAAAGCUUCUGUGUAUUCAGGGAUGUGCACUCAGAUCUUUAAACAGGACACAGGGAUCAGUCUUUGUACCAUGUACUGCUUUGUUCACUUGAGCAUUCAGGAGUUUAUCGCAGCUUUGUAUGCACAUCUGUUUCUACACAAGAACAAGAAAAAUAUAUUUGUUCAAGAACACAUGGAGCCAGAAGCCCAGAAUGAAACUCUGACUGGUUUACUGAAGACUGCUGUGGAUAAGGCACUUGAGAGUGACAAUGGACAUCUGGAUCUUUUCCUUCGCUUCCUCCUCGGUCUGUCACUUGAGUCCAAUCGACCUCUCCUACGAGGUCUGUUGUCACAGGAAGAGAGCAAUAAGCAGAACAACACAGAAAUAAUCCAGUACAUCAAGCAGAAAUUUGAAGAUAGUUUAUGUCCAGAGAGAUCCAUCAAUCUGUUUUACUGUCUGAAUGAACUGAAUGAUCAAACUCUGGUUCAAGAGAUUCAGAAGCAUCUUAGUGAAGGAAGUCUGUCAUCUUCUGACCUCUCACCUGCUCAGUGGUCUGCUCUCGCUUUUGUGUUGCUGACAUCAGAUGAGGAACUGGAGGAGUUUGAGCUUCAGAAAUUCAAGAAAUCAGAUGAAUGUCUCAUUAGAUUACUGGCCGUUGUCAAGUCCUCCAAACAUGCUCUUGUCAGUAAGUGUGAAGUAACAGAAGAAAGUUGUUCAGCUCUGGCUGCAGUUCUCAGUUCAGACUCCAGCAGUCUGAAGGAUCUUGACAUAUGCAGAAAUAAUCUACAGGAUGAUGGAGUCAAGCGUCUUUCUGAAGGAUUGAAGAAUACUAAAUGUGAACUGAAUAAACUGAGACUGAGAGAUUGUGGUCUAACAGAAGAAAGUUGUUCAGCUUUAGCUUCAGUUUUAUCAUCAAACAUCAGUGUGAAAGAGCUCGACAUGAGCAACAAUCAUCUACAGGAUUCAGGAGUGAAGAAACUUCAGACGGGAUUAGAAAAUAUUCACUGUCAGCUCCAGAAACUCAGUGUGUCUGAGUGCAGUAUUGGAGAAGAAGGUUAUAAAUGUUUAUAUUCAGCUGUGAGAUCAAACCCUUCACAUCUGAUAGAGCUGGAUCUCAGAGGAAAUGAUCCUGGAGAAACAGGAGUCAAACUCAUCUAUCAGUUAAUACAAGAUCACAAGUGUAAACUCAACACUGUCAGGUUCUUGAGCAGUUCUUCUGCAGUGAAAGCCUUUGAGUAUCUGACAGAAACUCUUGGUAUAAAUCCUUUACUCCAGAGAGAAGUGAAUCUGAGUCAUAAACUAGACGAGUUAAGAGUGAAUCAGAUCUGUGAUCUACUGAAGGACAAACACUGUCACAUCAACACACUCAUACUGAGAGAUUGUGGUCUAACAGAAGAAAGUUGUUCAGCUUUAGCUUCAGUUUUAUCAUCAAACAUCAGUGUGAAAGAGCUCGACAUGAGCAACAAUCAUCUACAGGAUUCAGGAGUGAAGCGUCUCUCUGAUGGACUGAAGAACAACUGUAAACUACACAAACUCACUGUGUCUGAGUGCAGUAUUGGAGAAGAAGGUUAUAAAUGUUUAUAUUCAGCUGUGAGAUCAAACCCUUCACAUCUGAUAGAGCUGGAUCUCAGAGGAAAUGAUCCUGGAGAAACAGGAGUCAAACUCAUCUAUCAGUUAAUACAAGAUUACAUGUGUUCACUCAAGACUGUCAGAUUUCUGAAGAGUUGUGCUGCAGAAGAAGCUUGUGAUCAUCUCUGUAAAGCUCUAGAUGUGAAUCCAUUACUGCUGAAAGAACUCAAUCUGAGUCACAAUAAACUGGGAGAUCUGGAUGGAGAGAGACUCUCGGCUCUAUUGAUGGACUCUCACAGCAAAGUGACUAAAAUCAUAUUGAAUGAUUGUGAGCUGACAGAGAAUCAGUGUUCAGCUCUAGCUGCUGUUCUCUCCUGUAAAACCCUCGUGAAGGAGAUGAAUCUGAGCAACAGUCCACUGAUGGAUUCAGGACUCAAACACAUCUGUGACCAACUCAAGAAUCCUCAGUGUCAACUCCAGAUACUCAAUGUGUCCGAGUGCAGUAUUGGAGAAGAAGGUUAUAAAUGUUUAUAUUCAGCUGUGAGAUCAAACCCUUCACAUCUGAAAGAGCUGGAUCUCAGAGGAAAUGAUCCUGGAGAAACAGGAGUCAAACUCAUCUAUCAGUUAAUACAAGAUCACAAGUGUAAACUCAACACUGUCAGAUUUCUGAAGAGUUGUGCUGCAGAAGAAGCUUGUGAUCAUCUCUGUAAAGCUCUAGAUGUGAAUCCAUUACUGCUGAAAGAACUCAAUCUGAGUCACAAUAAACUGGGAGAUCUGGAUGGAGAGAAACUCUCGGCUCUAUUGAUGGACUCUCACAGCAAAGUGACUAAAAUCAUAUUGAAUGAUUGUGAGCUGACAGAGAAUCAGUGUUCAGCUCUAGCUGCUGUUCUCUCCUGUAAAACCCUCGUGAAGGAGAUGAAUCUGAGCAACAGUCCACUGAUGGAUUCAGGACUCAAACACAUCUGUGACCAACUCGAGAAUCCUCAGUGUCAACUCCAGAUACUCAAGUUUUUGAGCAGCUCUUCUGCAGUGAAAGCCUUUGAGUAUCUGACAGAAACUCUUGGUAUAAAUCCUUUACUCCAGAGAGAAGUGAAUCUGAGUGAUCAUAAACUAGACGAGUCAAGAGUGAAUCAGAUCUGUGAUCUACUGAAGGACAAACACUGUCACAUCAACACACUCAUGUGA